GCAAAAACGUUCUGGGACGGGGGCUGGCGAGGCUCAUCGUGGGAGGCUUCGCGUCUGGGGCGAAGCUGUUUGGCGACCGAGGACUGCGGGGUACUGGUGACCAUGAGAUCCUUGCUGCUGCUCAGAACCCUGUCCCUGUGCAGCCUGCUCUGGGCCGUUUGUGGCCUGGGCGUCAGGGCCCAGGGACCUGGGGCCAGCUUCUCCCACGCUGGCAACGCGGGCCUGGACAAGAACACAGUACACAACCAAGAGCACAUCAUGGAGCAUCUAGAAGGUGUCAUCAACAAGCCAGAGGCGGAGAUGUCCCCACAAGAGCUGCAGCUCCAUUAUUUCAAAAUGCAUGAUUACGAUGGCAAUAAUCUGCUUGACGGCCUAGAACUCUCCACAGCCAUCACACAUGUCCACAAGGAGGAAGGGAGUGACCACGCACCGCCAAUGAGCGAAGAUGAGCUGAUUAGCUUAAUAGAUGGCGUUUUGAGAGACGAUGACAAGAACAACGAUGGAUACAUUGACUAUGCUGAGUUCGCAAAAUCGCUGCAGUAGACCUCAUCGGGCUGUCUCCUAGUUAUAUGCAAAUGUGACCUGUUAUAAUGUGAUUGAACGCUUUCGUAACACAAAAUAACCCAUUGCCAACUAUUGUUGCAGUAUUUUGGUAAAAACCUCUAGGAACUGGUUCCACUGGGGUGAGAAAGGAAAAUAACAGAAAUAAAAGGGAAGAGAAACGGGACAUUUCAGAGUCCUUCAGUACUGCUAAACCUCUUAUCGGAUAAGGGCCUGAUCAAAGAAUUUCCAAAAGAACAUUGGAUACUUGGAGCUGAGUCCUCAGGAACUUGAAUUCAGCUGUAGAAUCCUGCUAGUCUCUUAGUCUUAAUUCAUGCUCCCUGAAAAGUAAGACCGCAAGCCUUGCCAAUUGGACACACAUUACAGUUGACAGUGAAGGAGUGAAGUGGAUGCCAGAUGUUUCUCCUGGUGGGUCCUGUCUCUUCAGGUAAAUGUGGUCAGUAUUCUGUACAGGUCCUCUGGCCUAAAUAAUUACUUGCUUUGGGCACGAUUAUAUUUAUAAGGCUAUUUCAAAGCCACAGCAUAAGAAGAAUGUCAAGUGUUGAGUUCCGCUGGUCACAGAGUCCAAGGUUCUGUACCCUCUGGCAUUUUGGAAGUGAUACACAACUAACCUAAGCGAUUAACCUUUUCCAGUUUUUCAGUACUGUCUGAGACUACUGCCACAUCCUUAUACCUUGUUCUAUGUGUUCAACGUGAGAGAGACCUUGAAUUUAAAAGUGUUCUCUGGUCUAAUCACUAGCAAAUGUUUUAGCUUUCUUAAUAUUUGUAUUUAACUCUGGUUUCUAGGGUCUUGUUUUACCAUUUAGAAACUAUUAGGAAUGUAAAGAUUUACUCCUUCUGCUCGAUACAUUGGGGGUAAAACUACUAGCUGGUCUGUAGCCCAGGUGAGAAGUAGAAAGAUCAUCCACCAAACACAGGGUUUAGCCUAAUACAGGGUUAUCCUUUAGAAGGAAUGUGGUUUUAAUGACUGCUUUUAGUCUGAAUACAUGAAUCCUUUCCGAUCAAGAAAGGUUAGGAAAAGACGCCUAAAAACCCUGUGACUUUAAUAGCUCUUCUUCGCGGAGUUCAGGUAGUUGGCUUCUGAGAGCUGUAGCCUCACAGUCAUUAUUUCUUCUCAGCAGAAACAGCUAAAUUUUAAGCCAAAGGAACAAGAGUAGUCUUUGUUUAUAUGCGUGCGUAUGUUACACCCAUUGCCUGAGGUCUUCAAAAUCAAAAGAACAGUUUGGAAACAUCUACACAGUGUUAGAUAUUACCUCCUAGUUCCACGUCUCUCCCAAGAUUCACAUCUAAUGCGAAUCUCAAUAGUGGUUGAAAAUGAGAAGCAGCAGGUUGUAAUUUAGUUCAUUGAAUGUGAUGGACAUGCUGUAGUAGAGACUUGAAAUGAUUACUACGUGGGGGGAAGAAACCACAUAAAAUUUGCUGUAAGAUGUAUAGAGACUUAUUUUCUUUAUUAAAGUAUUCUUAUAAGAAAAUGUGUAUUUGUAAAGAUAGUUUCCUGUGUCAAGUAUUUGUGUAAUCAGAGCUGAAUUGUAAAUUAUUCUUGUAAUAGCUAGUCAUUUGGAAAGAUUUAUAUAAUGUACUCUGGAUACACGACCAAUAAAACUGGCGAAGCAAAGAACGGU